UGCAAAAAAAAAAUUCCAAAAUUUUUCUAUCGCUUUACAUUUUUAAUACGCGUGUGUUAUAAAAAGUGUUAUACAAAAUACAAAAAAAGUUAAAGUGCAAAAAUGAGUGAAACAGCAGCAAUUGAAGCAGGCGGCGAUGCUGCCACAGUUCCAGCAACUCCAGUUGCAGCUGGGAAAGCUGCAACAGAAACGGAUACGGAACCUGGAACAGCAUCGAAAAUACCCAAAGGACCAAAUCGCUCCAAUAUUCCUACGCCGGCAGCGUCAGUGACGGGUAUACCCUCAAUCAAGCAAAGACCGCCCUCGAAUUUUGGAUCCAGCAAUUCAAUAUCGAAAAUCGGGCGACCUUGUUGUACACACACAACACCCAAGUCAGGCCCUCCACCCAGAGACACAAACAGCAUGAGUCGUGAAAGCGAUGACAAUUUGAGUUCGAUCAAUUCAGCGUAUACAGAUCUCUAUCAAGAGACUGUAAAGCGCUUUACGCGCUCCUCGCUCUCCCCCACAUCCGAUUGGGAACGCUUCUCGUCCGGCCGCGGAUCGCUUAAAUCUCGAACAACGCCAACGCUGUCCGACAAUGGACGUCGCACAUCUUACGAUUAUUAUCUAGAGGCCACAGGUCGACGUCGCAGCUCAGAUCACAACAGCGCCGUGCUGACAGCCAACACAGAGCAGUUUAUAAUUGGCCAACGUGUGUGGGUGGGCGGACUUCGUUCUGGCCAAAUAGCCUACAUUGGCGAAACACACUUUGCCCCCGGCGACUGGGCGGGCAUUGUGCUCGAUGAACCAAAUGGCAAAAACGAUGGAUGCGUCUCAGGCAAACGUUACUUUCAGUGUGAGCCCAAGCGUGGCAUCUUCUCGCGUCUCACACGUCUCACCACAUAUCCGAUGUCGGGCGCCAUCACACCCACCUCGCCCCUGGCCAAGAACUCCCCGGAACGUUCACGCACCGUCUCACCCACAGCGAGUGUGCGCAGUUCCAUGUUGCGCAGCCCUGGCAUUGGCAAAAACGGUUUGACAGUUGGCGAUCGCGUUAUUGUCUCCUCGGGCUUUGGCAGUCGACCUGGCAUCUUGCGUUAUCUGGGCGAAACACAGUUCGCACCUGGCAAUUGGUGCGGCGUCGAAUUGGACGAAGGCAGCGGCAAGAAUGAUGGUGCCGUUGAUGGCAUUAGAUACUUUGAGUGCAAACCGAAGUUUGGGGUUUUUGUGCCGAUUGCGAAGGUGUCGCUAUCGCCAUCCACUAAGAAGACGCGUCUGUCGCGCACCGGUUCGCGCGAAUCUCUAACCUCGAUUGGCACCAUGAACAGCAUUGCCACCACAAACACGUCGCGCAUGCGCAUGAAUGCUCAGCGCAAAUCGAGCACGCCCCUAAGGCCAAUUGUAACGACGCCAAAAAAUCAAUUUUCCAUGCAGGACUUGCUCCGUGAGAAGCAGAAUCAUGUGGAACAGCUGAUGGUGGAGCGUGAUCUGGAUCGCGAGGAUGCCCAAAAUCAGGCGCUGCAGCUGCAAAAGAACAUCAAUGAGCUGAAGGCACGCGUUUUACAAUUGGAAGCGCAGUUGGGUGAUGAGCGCAAGAAAUCCGAAGAAUUGCAAUUCUCUAUCGAUGAGGCACAGUUCUGUGGCGAUGAGAUGAAUGCUCAAUCGCAGGUCUAUAAGGAAAAGAUACACGAUCUGGAGAAGAAGAUAACGCAGCUGGUCUCAGCCACGCCCAGUUUGCAGAGCGUGCCGCCUGUGGAGGACAACGUCACGUUGACAGCGGCUCAAUUGGAAAUCACUCAACUGCAGGAGAAGUUGGGUGAGCAGGAGAAGCUAAGUCAGGCGCGUCUGGCCGAUUCCCUGGAGGAGGAGAAACGUUUGCGAGAGAACAUUGUGUAUCUGCAGAGUCAGAAUGCAACGCUGCAAACGGAGCUGGUGGCCAAGGACGAGAGUCUGGAGAAGUUCUCGCUGUCGCAGUGCGGCAUUGAGAAUCUGCGACGUGAACUCACACUCCUCAAGGAGGAGAACGAGAAACAGGCGCAGCAAACGAAGACAGAUUUCGAACAGAAACUGGCAGCUAAAGAGGAGCAACUAAAGCUGGUGAACAACGAGUUGCAGCAGCUCAAAUCCAGCUCAGAUACUUUGGAAAGCGAACGCGCAAAUGUCACCGAUGAAUGUGAAAUAUUGCAGACGGAAAUACGAAUGCGCGAUGAGCAAAUCAAGGAGUUGAGUCAGCAGCUGGAUGAACUGACAACGCAGUUAAAUGUGCAAAAGGCAGACAGCUCAGCGCUGGACGAGAUGCUCAAGGCGCAGCAGUCGAACAAUGUGGAGAGCAAGUCGCAAUUGGAGCAGCUGGAAAAGGAGUUGAAAGAAGUGCGAGUAGCUCAUGAAAGUUUGGCACUGGCAAAGUUAGCAUUGGAGCAACAGCUGAGUGGAUUGCAGCAGACGGCGCAGGAGCAACUGUUGGCCAGUGGUGAUCACAAGACGCAGCUGGAGCAGCAGAGGGAAGCAAAUGCGCAGCUCAAGUUGGAGAAGGAAGCGCAGCAAGUGGAGUUGGAGAAGUUGCGCAAAGAAUUCGAGUUGCUUCAGCAGACUCAACAAAAGCAACUGGAGGAAACCAAAGCAGAGAGCAACGAGAAGGAAACACAGCUCAAAGUGGAACGCGAGCAGCUGCAGCAAGUGCAACAGCAGUUAGAGGAAGCGAAUAAAGCCAGAGCUGAGUUGGAAGCAAAGCAAGUGGAGUUACAGAAAACUGAAGAGCAGCAGCGUUUGCAGCAAGCAAUGCAGCUCACUAAAGAGCAGGCAAAAUCAACAGAGUUGGAAACAGCUUUAAAGUCAGCUCAACAGCAGCUGGAGCAACUGCAGCAACAGGCGAACUUAAGCGGCGAGCAGAGCACACAACAACUAACCAAGUUGCAGGCGGAGUUGAGUGUAUUGCAGUCACAAGAGAAGCUCACACAAAGUGCUUUGGAAACAAGCAACAAAGAACUGAACGAAGCCAUGCAAUUGACGCAAGCAACGCAGUCCAAAUUGGAGCAGCAAGCAAUUGAAUUGGAGUCCACAAAGCAGCAGCAGUUGCAAUUGGAGUCGCAACUUAAAGGCAGCUUGGAACAGCGCGCUCAAGACGAGCUGCAGCUGGGCGAUGUGCGUCGUCAGCUUGAAGCGAUGCAGCACAAAAGCGAAUCACAGCAGCAGCAUGAGGAAACGCUGCAAGCGGAGCUACUUGCCACACGUGGCAGCGUCACACAACUGCAGGCAACGCUGAAGCAGUUGAACGAGGAGCUGCUGGCCAAGCAGCAAAGCUACGCAACGCUGGAGAGCAAGAGCAGCGGCCAACAACUCGAGUUGGCCAGCGACAAUGAGUUGCUGCAACAGACAAAUGCGCGCUUGCAACGUGAGCUGCAAGAGUUGCAGCAGCAGCACGAAAAACUCCAAGCGGAGGCCACUCUAAAGCAAACACAAUUAGUUGAGCAGGAGCAGCUGGCCACCGAGCGUGAGUUGGCCUUGGGCGAUGCAAGUCGUCAACAGGAGCAGCUGCAAGCGCGCAGUCAAGCGUUGCAGCAACAGAACGAAACGUUGCAACAGCAACUCACAAAUCUACAAAGCAGCUCCACCGAUUCUAAUGCAGAGUUGGUGAAACUCUCGCAGCAACUUGUAGAACAACAGCAGGCCAACGAGCAGCUGUCGAGCAAAGGCAACGAAGAGCGUGCGGCUCUGGAGCGUCAAUUGCAAUCAGGACAACAGCGUCUGGAUGCAUUGUGUGCGCAAGUGGAGCUGUUAACCCAAGAGCUGUCGAGCAGCACAAUACAAAGUCAGCAGCUACAGAGCAAACUGAAAGCAGAGCAGGAACUCGCAGAGAAACAAACGUUGGAGUUGAGCGAUGCCAACAGAAAGUUGGAGGCAGCUGGCAGUAAAAGCUCUCAGUUGGAGCAGCAACAGGAGAAGCUGCAGCAGGAGCUGAGCAGCGUGCGUGGCGAGCACAGCGAACUGACUGCCAAGUUGACGCAGCUGACGGAGCAAUUGAGUCACGCUCAAAAGGAGCAGAGUGCACAGCAGGAUGCCAGCAGCAAGGAACGCUUGCAGCUGGAGCAUGAGCUGCAGGAGAUGCGACAACAACUGCAGGCGAGUCAGGCAAACAUGAGUGAGGCGCAACUGAGUGAAGCGGCGCAGCGUGAGAAGCUGCAAGCGGAGGCGCAGCAACGUGAGGAAAAGUUGCAGCAGGACUUGGCCAAGUUGCAGCUGGAGCAGCAGCAACAUAGCAGCGGCAACGAGAUGGCCAUCAAGGAGCUGCAAGAGCGACUGGAAAUCACCAACACGGAGUUGCAGCACAAGGAACAGUUGGCACGGGAGGAUGCACAAAAGAUCGCUGACUUGAAGACACUAGUCGAGGCCAUUCAAGUGGCCAAUGCCAAUAUAUCGACCACAAAUGCAGAGCUCUCAACGGUGCUGGAAGUGCUGCAGGCAGAGAAGAGCGAAACGGCGCACAUCUUUGAGUUGUUCGAGAUGGAGGCGGACAUGAAUGCCGAAAGACUGAUCGAGAAGCUGCAGGGCAUGAAGCAGGAGUUGCAGGAAACGCACAGCGCACUCGAGUUGCAGCAGAGCAGCAACAAACAGUUGGAGGAGCAACUGCAGAAGCUGCAACAAACCGAGCAGACUUUGCAGGGCACAGCUGUCGAGGCAGCUGAGCAACUGCGUCAGCUGCAGCAGGCAAAUGGUGAGCUACAGGAAACUGUGCAACAGAAGCAAUCAAAGCUUGACGAAGUCGAGCAACAGUUGCAGCAGCAGCAAAGCCAAUUGACAGCCCAAGAAAGCAGCAGCUCAGAGUUACAACAACAAUUGCAGUUACUACAGCAAAGCGUGCAACAAUUGAAUGAAAAUAAACUGGAGUUGGAGCAGCAAUUGCAAAAGUUGACAACCGACCAAGGGCAGCUGCAACAAACGCUGCAGCAGCAGCAGCAAAACGAGCAGACUUUGCAGGGCUCAGCUGUCGAGGCAGCUGAGCAACUGCGUAGGCUGCAGCAAGCGAAUAGUGAGCUACAGGAAACGGUGAAGCAGAAGCAAUCAAAGCUUGACGAAGUCGAGCAACAGUUGCAACAGCAACAAAGCCAAUUGAAGGAGCAAGAAAGCAGCAGCUCAGAGUUGCAACAACAAUUGCAGCUACUACAGCAAAGUGUGCAGCAGUUGAAGGAGAACAAGCAGCAAUUGGAGCAGCAAUUGCAGAAGCUGCAAACUGACCAAGGGCAGCUGCAACAAACGCUGCAGCAGCAGCAACAGCAGCUGGAGAAGGGCAACGAGUUUGACGCUCAACUUGCCGAGUAUCAAAAGGUCAUCGAUGAAAUGGAUGAAGCUUCCAGCGCCAAGUCAGCGCAACUGUUGCAGCUACAAAAACGCAUCUCUGAGCUGGAGUUGGCAGUGCAUCAAGCACAGCAAUCGGAGCAAAUGGUGCAGAUCGAGUGCCAGCAAUUGACUCGUCAGUUGCAAGCUCUGGAGCUAGAAGAAGCACGUGAGAUUAUGGCGCUGCGUGCCAAUGGCUCUUCGCCCAGCAAACCGCAGACACAAGAGCAGCUGGAUACGGAAACCAGUUUGGCCAAGAUAAACUUCCUCAACUCCAUCAUAGCGGACAUGCAGCAGAAGAACGAUGCACUCAAGGCCAAGGUGCAGACGCUGGAAACGUUGCCCAUGGACUUUACCAAACCGCAAGCUUUUGAUUUGCUGAGCAAGCGAAAACCGGCGCCACGUUUGUUCUGCGACAUUUGUGAUGAGUUUGACAAGCACGAGACAGAGGAUUGUCCACUGCAAGCUAGCGAGGAUCGUGAUUAUUCGCCGCCACCACCAGCCGAGGCCAACAAUAAUGAAAAGAAGGAGCGCAAGCUGCCAGCACCACGCAAAUACUGCGAUUCCUGUGAAGUCUUUGGACACGAUACCAGCGAAUGCGCCGACGAUGAGACCUACUAGAUUUAAUACGCAAUAAUUACUUGGUUGUUUAGACACAAAUUUGUAACGAUAUUUUAAUUGCCAGUUGGAUAAUUUGAUGUACACCAUGCCAAAUACCUCAGCGGUGACCAAGGAAGUCUUAACUAAUCUUGCGGAUUGGCCUUUUUUUAAAUUGUUUUUUAUUUAUUUAUAUGAAUAGUGAAAUUAAUGCUAUUGUUUUCGUAAAUUUCAUGUAAAAAGAAAUAUGAGUAACUAAAUUUAAUCACCACCCUCCUUUUUCUCCUUAAUGGCAUCCUGAAAAACAGGAAUGGGAAAUUAAUCAAAGGUAUUUAAAGCUUGUAAAUAAAAACUCACUUUAAAGCGCUCCUCGAAGAGCGAAAGCUCGGCCAGCAGAUCGGUGAUAGCAUUCAUGAAUGCCUCCUGUGGUGAAUAAUCCGCUGUCGUCUGGAUGCGGAUGACGAACUUGUGCUCCAGCGGAUGUGGAACUUUGUAGCCGGCAAACAGAACAUUGGGAUCCUUCAGCAGUUGGCUAUAACCACAAGGGCAUUACAUUAGUAUUUAACUUGUAAACAAAGAUAUUGAACUUUACUUACUUGCGAAUCAUGUUGCCCAGCGUGUGAUCUUCCUUGUUGAUGGUGAAUAUUGCCGCAUUUGUCACUUUUGUGUCCAGCUCUUUGAUGAUUCUGUGUGCAAACAAAUGGCAGCGUUAUUUAUAUUAAACAACAUUUAUUCCUAUAAUUUCACUUACUUCUUUUCACCUUCGUACAGCAGAAACGAUUCGAAUGUUGGUGGCGCAUUCAUUUUGAGGUUUUAUUAUUUAUUUUUACGAAAACAA